GCCACACGAAAAUGGCGAACACGAGCACUCCGAUGAACGACGAGCUGAAAAAAUAAUUAUUAUUUUAAAUUCCGUUUUGCCAGCGAAAUUCGGUGCGUGCGCGAAAAAGAGUGCGGAAAAGCGCGGUUGGCAAAUUUAAUCGAAGCAUUAUGAAGCGGUCAAAGUGCGGCGCCAAUGCAAAUGGUUAGCCAAAUGGCAAAAAUAUGUAGCGACAGCGUGCCAGCCCAGUAAAAUCAAAUAGAAUCAAAUUGAAGUUUCUUGCUUUGCGAAUUAUGAAAAACCAAUCGCAAUGCGUGUGUGUGUGUGUACGUGUGGUGCGUGCGCGCGUGUGUUAGUGAGCGAGCGUAGAAGCAGAAGGCGUAGCGCAAAAUAAAAAUAAAAACCGAACAAUAAUUGAUUUAAAAUAAAAAAGAAAAAAUAAACGGAAAAAGGCGAACAAACAAAAAACAGCAGAAGCAACAAAAAACACACGAGAAGCAGCUGCAAAAACAACACAAAACUGGCGGUCAAUACGCAUGCAGUACGAUAAAAACACUAAAAAAAACUAGAAGCAACAACAAAAACGCAACGUAACGGGAACUCUUUGACGUAUUUCCUCUAUUAUUAUGCAAAAAGGCAGGCGGCAAAUUGCAGCAGCAGCGAAAAUCAAAUAUAAAUAGCGAAAAGCAGGAUACUACUGGAUACACACCUUUAGCCAGCGUGUUGAGCACGCCAGAAGCAUAAACAGAAGUCGGCAACAGAAAUUUAGCCAGCAGGCUUGAAACGAAUACGACCAUCAGAAACAUCGAAAUGGCAGCGGUUCGAGGACAUCAGUACUUCAGCCUGCGCUGGAACAACUACCAGAACACGAUGACGUCAGUGUUCCAGCAGCUGCGCGAGGAUCUCUCCUUCGUGGACGUCACCCUGUCCUGCGAGCACGGAUCCCUCAAGGCGCACAAGGUCGUCCUGUCCGCCUGUUCGACGUAUUUCCAAAAACUACUGCUCGAGAACCCGUGCAAACAUCCCACAAUCAUCCUGCCCGCAGACAUUAUUUUCACCGACCUGAAAACCAUCAUCGAUUUUGUUUAUCGUGGUGAGAUCGACGUCACCGAAUCGGAAUUACAGGGCCUCUUGCGCACCGCCGAGCAGCUAAAGAUCAAGGGACUCUGCGAAACCGCCGAGAACGCGGAUGACCUAAACGACGCGGCCACUGCAACGAUAACGGUUUCAGAGAACAUACAGCAGGCGGUCGUUGGCAAUAUAGUGAACGCCACCAUUGUUCCUGGAGCCCCGUCGCCCUCCUUGGAACAGCAGCAGCAACACCACCAGCAGCAACAGCAAGCACAGGAGCAGCACCAGCAACAGCAGGUGCAUACCCAGCAGCAACAGCAGCAGCAGCAACAAAUCAACGCUGCCCUGCUUACGCAACACGGAGUGUCCAGCGGAAGUGUUUCUCUUUCCGGGCAAUUGCUGAGCUCCUCGGCCAGCGGCAGCAGCGGAAGUUUAGCCGGCGGACAGCAGGCUCCACAGACGCCAUCCGGCUUGCAACCGACGCCGCGCAAGUCACGACUUAAGCGCUCCAAGUCGCCGGAUUUGCCAUCAGGCGGAGGAGCAGGAAGCUCGAGUAGCGGCUCAUCGCAGCAGCAACCGCAGCCAGCGCACCACCACCCGCAGACCAUUCUCAUCCAGGGCCAAAAUCCGAACUCCAUUGUGAGCCUUCAGCAGACGGCCGACGGCAAUUAUAUACCAGUUUCGGGUGCUGGCGACGAUUCAGAGGCCGAGGACCACGAGCACGAAAACAACCACGGUCACGGGCACGGAGGACACUCGCACGGACACGGCCACGAUCAUAGUCACGAUCACGAGCACGAAAAUAAGCCGAACAAGAUCUGCAAGACCGAGCACUCGGUGGCCUCGCCGGCAUCCAAUUCAUCCAGCGCCUCGAACAAUGCAGCGGGCGUGAGCGGCGUGACUUCCACCGGCCAAGCCAUCGUCACACAAAUUGUAGUAGCGCGCGACGGAAAAGAUACAAAAAAUAUGACUAGUUUAGGCAUGGGCAUGAACGGCGGCCUGUUGGGCGUGCCCAUGGGAUUCCUGGACUUCACACCCGAGCCACCAGCACCAUCUGCCACCCCAGUCACCGUCACGGAGCACGUCGAUCUGUCCUGCAACCCUAGCACGGACACGCGCGAUCUAUCAAAUCCCACCGAACCUCUCGAUAUAGACAAUCAUCUGGCUCAGCAGAUCCAUCGGCUCGAUCAGUCCCCCAUGCACUCGAUAUCGCACCACCAUACAGGCGAUGAGAGCAACUCGAAUCUUGUGCAGCAUAUCAAGAGCGAAGUGAUCGAGGCCAAGCACCUGGCAGCUGCCCAGCAGCAUGCACUCAACCAGGCCCAGCAACAGCAUGCCCAUCACCAGGCCCACCAGCAGCACCAACAGCAUCAGCAGCAGCAACAUCAACAACAGCAGCAGCAGCAACAUCUUCAUGCUCAGCAGCUCUUGGCCCAGAGUCAGAUGCAGCAGCAGCAGCAGCAGCAACAGCAGCAGCAGCAACACCACCAGCAGCAACAGCAGGCAGCAGCCGCCGCAGCAGCUGGUGUGCAUGGCCAGCAUGGGGGACACGUGACGCACGCCGACAUCGGCGGUGCCACAGUCAUGGAGAUUGAUCCGAGCCAGAUUAAACACGAGCCGGGCAUGAUAAUAACGCCAGAGAUUGUCAACAUGAUGUCCUCAGGGCAUAUGGAUAUGUAUAACUCGGACACGAGUGAGGAUUCGAUGAUGAUCGCCAACGGCUCGCCGCACGAUCAGAAGGAACCGCACUAUACGAAUUUGGAUCAGCAGCACGGUCUGGGUGGCAGCGUUUGCGGCCCGGGGCCCGGCGGUGCUGGUGGCGGUGGGGGCAUGAGUGGUGGGGCUGGCUCUGGCGAGAAAGGUCAGUUUAAUGGUCCCAAAGCUUGGACACAAGAUGAUAUGAAUUCAGCUUUAGAUGCAUUAAAGAACCAAAACAUGAGCCUGACGAAAGCAUCCGCCAUUUAUGGCAUCCCAUCGACCACCCUGUGGCAACGUGCUCAUCGCCUGGGCAUCGAAACGCCCAAGAAGGAGGGCGGCACCAAGUCGUGGAACGAGGAUGCCCUGCAGAAUGCCUUGGAGGCGCUGCGUUCUGGCCAGAUAUCCGCGAACAAAGCGUCAAAGGCCUUCGGCAUCCCCUCCUCUACGCUCUACAAGAUUGCUCGGCGCGAAGGCAUCCGCCUUGCGGCGCCCUUCAAUGCCGCCCCGACCACGUGGACGCCCGAGGAUCUGGAGCGUGCCUUGGAGGCGAUACGGGCGGGUAAUACUUCGGUGCAGAAAGCCAGCGCUGAGUUUGGCAUACCCACAGGAACACUUUACGGACGCUGCAAACGGGAGGGCAUUGAGCUGUCGCGUUCGAAUCCAACACCCUGGUCCGAGGAUGCCAUGAACGAGGCCCUGAACUCAGUGCGCGUUGGCCAAAUGUCCAUCAACCAGGCGGCCAUUCACUAUAACCUGCCCUACAGCUCGCUCUACGGCCGCUUCAAGCGCGGCAAAUACGACGUGGUGGCCAACACGAGUGGCGUGGCGCUGUUGAACACCUCGGGCAACACCACCGGCAGCAUUGAGAUUAUCGAGCACAGCCAGGAGAAUUCGUUGCAUAUGUUACAGCAACAGUUCCCGUACAGUCCGUCGCCGCAUCCGCCAACGCCGCAGCAUCACAGCACGCCGCAGCACCACAGCUCGGCGCAGCAGGGUCCGCCGACGCCGCAGCACAUGCAGCAGCACGUGGUGCACAUGCAACAGCAGCAGCAGCAGUCGCCCCACCCGGGCCACCAUCCGCAGCAUAUGCAGCAAGACGUGGUUACAUCGAGCAGCCAGGUGGUGCACAGCCAACAGCAGCAGCAGCUUCAGCAGAUCUAUCAGCACCACGGGACGCCGGAGCGUAGUUGAGAAUCACUGCAUGCUGCGACAAUAAUGGGCAGCACCGGCAGUGGCGGAGGUGGUGGGGUUGGAGGAGUAGGAGCCAGUACUAGCGGCGGCACGGCGGCCAGUAGCACGCCCUUCGCCAGCAUCUCGGCACUGGUCAGCGGACCGUCCAGUGCCCCACCACCGCCGGUAACUGCCAGUGGCUCGUCGGCAGUCAGUGGCGGCACCAGCAAGCGCAAGAAAGCCAACAAGCAAAAGCGUUGAGAGCAGGAGGAUGAUCAGCCACAAAAGGAGUUGGAAACAAUUGCGGCAGUGGCCAGGCCCGAGGACAUCAAGUUUAGAUUUAAUUGCAAGCACUGGAAGCGCAAGCUGCGGCAGUUUCAUUUGCUAUUGUCCAAACAGUAGUCAGUCAGUCAGUUAGGAAGAUAUACAUAUAUGAAUGACCCACAGACCCACAGACAAAAAUUCCCAAGGGUAGGAUAAAGCAAUCACAAAACCACUUUUCAACUAGAUGGACAUUAAUUACACAACCGAGAUGUGUAUAAAAUGUAAAUAUAUAACGAAAUAUGCUUUAUUUACAUUAUACGGAACAUAGUUAUAUAGGUUUUAGGUUCGCAAAAGUCCUUUGUUCUAGUUAAGUAAGGUGGAGAAAUGAGAAAGAUAAAAACAUACCUAGAUCAUAAGAACAUGAUGAAUUUUAGAUUUGCCUAGACUCGAAAGUUAAUGGAUUCGUUUUGGGCUCGCAGUUUUAAGAACACUUUGUUAUCAAUGGAUAUAGACACGCGUAUUUCUUUUGGACUCGUGACCAUUCUGAGGACCUAAAAUCAGUAGUUGAUUGCGGAAUUUCGAUCUAGAUUGCUUCCCCUUCAAAGUUUUGUUUUAAUUUUCGCUUAGUGUGAGACUGAAAGUGCGCCUAAAACUGUAGAAAUCCAAGCCCAAUAUUAUAGUGAAGACGCAUACAACACAACCCAUACAUGAAUCAAAUGCUUUAUAACCAUAUUGUUUGAACGGAUAGAACGAAUGGGGGAGAAUACCUUAACGUAGAAUUAAACCAAAUUAUCAAGGUUCUAGAACUUAAAUCAUUAGCUUGUAACGACAACAGAUUAGAUAAGAGAGAAGAACACGAGUUAUUUGAAUUUAACUGGAGGCGUCCUGAAUCAAUGAAUAUUGAUUUGAAUUCAACUGAAUUAAGAACAUAGCCAAUAAAUAAAUCUAGAAAUGAAGUAAUUGCAAGGAAACAACA